AUGCGCCUGAUGGAAGAAAACCUGAGGGACCACCAGAGAGCUCAGGAUGAGGCAAUAACAAAAACUCAGUUACUGGAACAGACUGUGAAAAGUUUGGAGUAUGAACUGGAAGCCAAAAACCACUUAAAAGAUGAUCGGGCGAGACAAAUCAAACUAAUGGAGGACAAGUUGUCUCACCUGGAACUUGAGCUUGAUGAAGAAAAGAAUAAUUCAGAUUUGUUGUCUGAGAGGAUCAGCAGGUGCAGAGAACAGGUACUUGAACAAGUCUUCCGGCUUUUGUUUAAUGAUUCUAUGAAAAAGUGUUAUUAGAAUCACAAUCAAUAUUGAUCAACUAUAUAAUGAUUAGCAAUAGGGUUUAUAUGCUAUACUUGAGCACAGCAUGUAAAUCCAAAAAACCCAAGG